AUGGAACUCGCAGCGUGCCAAAGCUGCUUGACAGACAGCGCGGACACAGGGUCCCCAACCUGCGACCCCGAGCCACCUGAAUUAUCUUGCCACCGGUACUUCAACGACAAUGUCUGCAAAGACAUGAUUACAGCUUACGUUGAUGGUUGCUCAUACCAUCACGACACUGUUCUCAGAGCAGGCGUGGGUGUUGUCUGGGUCAACGAUGAACCGUGUGAACCACUCAGCUUCAACCUAGGGGCCCAAACGUCCCAGUAUGCUGAAGUGGCAGGCAUUCUGAUUGUUUUGCAACUUGCGGUGGAACACAAAAUCCACGCCUUGACGAUCUGUACAGAUUCCAACUAUGCGCGACUCAGCUUCUCAUGCCAUCUGCCUUUGUGGAAACGCAACGGUUUCUUGACCUCGAACAGAAAGCCGGUCAAACACAAAGAUCUGUUCCUGGCAUGCGACUUCUUGACCUCUAACCAUGAUCUCCAGAUCUACUGGAAAAAAGUCAGGGGGCACUCUCGUAUCCCUGGUCCAGACAAGAUGUUUAACGACCAGGCUGACUCCUUAGCCAAGCAGCUGGCCUUAACUGGCUCAAACUGGAACUUUGAGCCCUCGGUUUUUCCCCUCCCACCCGUGCCCCUGGUUUGUGCUGUCACCAGGGCCCACUCUCGAGCUCCACCUCGCCCGGCUCCCUUGGGCCCGGUCUCCGCCACUGUGGCUCCGGCUUUUUCUGACUCUGACUUGCAGCCACAGGGGGGUGAUGUUGACAUACGCCCAUGA